CUCUCUAGGUUUUCUGCAUCCACCCCUCCGCUCCAGUUCAUCACCGUCGCGGCCGCGACCCCUUCCCCCGUUUUCUCUGUCCCUGGGUACUGCAGCAGCCUGCCCGUCUGGUCAGCAACGCUGCAACACCGUCCCCGACGCCUCCGCUGCCUCCAUGCGACAUCGCAAAGCGCCGCCGUUCUACCGCGACCGUGGCCUCUGCCGUCGCUGCCACCCUGGUCGCCGCCACUGCCCGAAGCCGCUUCGGCUCGCGACGGACCCACACCGCUCAAGGUGCAGCAUUCAGCCCGGCGGGAGCUGAGCGAUGGACGCGCCGCUGCAGGCGCUGCUGGCGGCCCUCAGCGACAGCUGGCUCCUCCGGGCGCUGCGCUCCCUGCGCGGCCCGCCGGGCGGCGCGGCGGCCUGCGAGGGGCUCUGCGCGGAGCUGCUGGGGCUGCUGGCGGGAGGCGCGCCGGCGGGCGUCAACUGUGCCAGCCGUGGCGCGAGUUUUGGGGGGAGAUGCGGCCGCCAGACCAUCCGAUGCAGCGCGCGCUGUCCAACGCCGAGCGUUUUGCCGGGAACUACGUCACCGUGGUCUUUGUCGUCGCGCUGCUUGCCUCGAGUAGCAGCCAGCCGCUGUUUCUUGGGUCUGUUGGUGCUUUGCAGGUGUGCGCGCUUCUGGUGCCUCCCGACUUCUUCGAAGUCGAUGUGCGAAGGCUGCAGUGGCUUGGAGGAGGCAUCAGGGAGCUGGGUGGGUCCUGGCUGCGACUUGCUGUUGUUCUACUCGCUCACAGUCUUCUCUGGUUGCUGGCCCUUCCGUUGGCCGUGCCAGCACGACGUGGCAUUCUGGUGGGCUGCAUGCUGAGCUUCGUGCACGCACUGCUACGUACACGGCCAUGGACGCAGAUGACAAAAGAGAAGGUCAAGGAGCAGUUCAAGAACAUCAAGAAGAGCAUGUGACCGGGGACAGUGCCACGAGGCUGCGAGCGGCGGACAGCGGACAGAUCACCCGCGUGCACAGUGCCAGUCGCUGUCGUCACUCUCCCCAUGCGCAGAGUCGUCGAGCUCACAGUCGUCGUGGCCAUCGUCGCCAGCAUCUGGGUCGCGACCCCUCCAGAGGCCAGGAGAGCCGUGGCGUGGCGGUAUAGACGGCGUGGAGGGAUCCGAAACGCCUCGGGCCGCCUCGUGUGUUCGUUCAUC